CUCUCUCUCUCUAGAAUGGAGAGCCUCUUCGCCCUCCACUCUCUCUCCUCCACCGCCACCGCCGCCGCCGCCGCCAACCGCUCCCCUCCGCCUCCCUCUUCCACCGGCCGCGGCCGUUCCCGAGAUCGCCGCCGCCCAUUCCCCCCUCCCCGCCCUCCGAUCAAAGCCUCAAAGAUCACUCCUUUCUCUCCACCCCCACUUCGCCUUCCCUCCCAGACCCAAAACCCACUCCCCAAUCCGCGCCUCCUCCUCCGAUGCCUCCCCUCCGCCGCCGCCGCCACCGCCGCCGCCUCUUUCCAGGGCGCCAAGCCCCUGCUCGUUAUCUCCGUCGCCGUCGGCCUCGCCGUCCGCUUCCUCGUCCCGAGGCCCGUCGAGGUGUCCCCGCAGGCCUGGCAGCUCCUCGCCAUCUUCGUCUCCACCAUCGCCGGCCUCGUCCUCAGCCCGCUCCCCGUCGGCGCCUGGGCCUUCCUCGGCCUCACCGCCUCCAUCGUCACCCGCACGCUCUCGUUCGCCGCGGCCUUCUCCGCGUUCACCAACGAGGUGAUCUGGCUGAUCGUGAUCUCCUUCUUCUUCGCCCGCGGCUUUGUGAAGACCGGCCUCGGGGACCGGAUCGCGACCUACUUCGUGAAGUGGCUGGGCCGGAGCACGCUGGGGCUGUCGUACGGGCUGACGCUCAGCGAGGCCCUCAUCGCGCCCGCCAUGCCGAGCACCACCGCGAGGGCCGGCGGGGUGUUCUUGCCGAUCAUCAAGUCGCUGUCGCUCUCUGCGGGGAGCCGGCCCGGCGAUCCCUCCGCCAGGAAGCUCGGGUCUUAUCUCGUCCAGUCUCAAUUUCAGUCUGCUGGUAACUCUAGUGCUCUUUUCCUAACUGCUGCAGCUCAAAACCUCCUUUGCCUCAAACUGGCGGAAGCACUAGGAGUUACCAUAAGUAAUCCUUGGGUUUCUUGGUUCAAGGCUGCUAGUUUACCAGCCAUUGUCUCUCUUCUAGCUACCCCACUGAUAUUGUACAAGCUAUAUCCUCCUGAAAUCAAAGACACCCCAGAUGCCCCUGCUAUGGCUGCCAAAAAGCUGGAGAAUAUGGGUCCUGUCACGAGGAAUGAGUGGACCAUGGUUGGCACAAUGCUACUUGCAGUGUCACUUUGGGUGACUGGAGACGCAAUUGGGAUACCUAGUGUUGUAGCUGCUAUGAUUGGCUUAUCAAUACUCUUGUUAUUGGGAGUCCUUGACUGGGACGACUGCUUGAGUGAAAAGUCAGCGUGGGACACAUUAACUUGGUUUGCCGUUUUAGUUGGUAUGGCGGGGCAAUUGACGAAUCUUGGCAUUGUGACAUGGAUGUCUGGUUGCGUGGCUAAGUCCCUGCAAUCCUUCUCCUUGAGCUGGCCCGCUGCAUUCAUUGUUCUGCAGGCUUCUUAUUUCUUGAUCCACUACCUCUUUGCUAGCCAAACGGGUCAUGUGGGCGCUUUAUACUCUGCAUUUCUUGCCAUGCACUUAGCAGCUGGAGUGCCUGGCGUGUUGGCAGCACUAGCAUUAGCCUAUAAUACCAACCUAUUUGGCGCUUUGACACAUUAUAGCAGCGGUCAAGCUGCUGUCUACUACGGAGCUGGUUAUAUAGAUCUUCCUGAUGUGUUCAAAAUGGGAUUUGUGAUGGCCGUUAUCAACGCCCUCAUCUGGGGAGUAGUCGGAACCUUUUGGUGGAAAUUCUUGGGUCUCUACUGACAAAUUAUAUGCGACACCGGCACUUGAUUUUUAUUUAUAAUCCCAUCAUGUCCUUACCAUCAAGCUUACUUCCCGUCCUCAGGAAGUUCCAAUUUUUGGGAGCUUUAGAUGGGAUUGUCUGAAUAAUUUACAGCUAUUUUUUUGGUGCAAGCCUCAAAUUCAGAAAUUGAGUUGUAUUGUCUAUUGAUUAUUGAUACAGCGACAAACUUAUAUUUUCUUUGAUGGUAUGACCUGUUCAAAAGUUGGCUGGAAAGUAAGAUUGGAGUUGCCCCUAAAGAACUUUGUUGAA